AUGGAAGAUCCUCUUGAUAUAAAAAACGACAUCCAACAUGUCGAAGCUUCUACUGCUGCUCCAAAAUCCAAAGAUGACGCUGGCAAUAAUGACUUUAUUGCUAACUACAUUGGGUUGGCUUCAAACGAUGCUAGAGACAUAAACGAUGAUGAAAAAAUCAUGAGCCUCAGUACCGGGUUGAAAUUAUACCCAAAAGCCAUCAUGUGGUCGGUGAUUGUUUCUUCAUCGUUGAUCAUGGAAGGAUAUGAUUUGGCGUUGCUUUCCAACUUCUACGCUUUACCGGCUUUCAAAGAUAAGUUUGGUGUUCUUGGUUCUGAUGGUACUAGAGAAGUUCCUUCAAAAUGGCAGACUGGUCUCACUAUGUGUGUCAACUGUGGUGAGAUUAUUGGUUUACAAUUUGCUGGUUGGUUUGCUGAUAAUUUGGGUUAUAAGAAAACCAUGGGCACUUUCUUGGUUUUUGUCACUGGAUUCCUUUUCAUUUUAUUUUUUGCUCCAACUUUGGCGGUGUUGGCGGUUGGUGAAAUCCUUAUUGGUAUCUGUUUUGGUUGCUUCCAGACAAUGGCCGUGAAUUAUGCUUCUGAUGUUUGUCCUUUGGCUCUACGUUAUUACUUGACCACUUACAUCAACAUCUGCUGGGUGUUUGGUCAAUUAGUUGCUUCUGGAGUAUUGCGAGCGAAGGCCAAUGACUCUACUGAUUGGGCUUAUAAAGUUCCUUAUGCCAUUCAAUGGAUAUGGCCGGUGCCAAUUUUCAUUGGGAUCCUUUUUGCUCCAGAAUCACCAUGGUGGUUAGUUAAAAAGGGCAAAUACGCUCAAGCAAAAAACUCAAUCAAGAGAUUAUUGACCCAACAUGAGGAUCAACCAGAUAUCAACAUCACCUCUGAAAACAUGAUCAAGUUCAUGAAAUUGACCAAUGAUUUGGAAAAGGAAAAAAAUGAAGGGACUUCGUACUUAGAUUGUUUCAAAGGGGUAGAUUUGAGAAGAACAGAAAUCACCGUUGUUGCCUGGUUAUUCCAAAAUGAAUGUGGUAAUGCUUUGAUGGUUUACUCUACAUAUUUCUUCCAACAAGCCGGGUUGAGUACUGAUUAUUCCUUUGAUUUCACCAUUAUCAUGUACGCCCUUGGUAUUGCCGGAUGUCUUUGCAGCUGGUUCCUUUCUAAAUUUACUGGGAGAUUUGAAAUCUAUUUCGGUGGGUUGGCGACAAUGUUUAUUCUCAUGUUUGUUACUGGUUGUUUGGGAUUAGCACCAAAGCAUUUGGAUGGGCCAAAAUGGGCCGUUGGGUCAUUGCUUAUCAUUGCAUGUUUUGUUUAUGACAUGACUUUGGGCCCGGUUUGUUACGCUAUUGUUUCUGAGAUGGCAUCCACCAGAUUGAGAAUCAAAACCGUGAUUAUUUCCAGAAACAUUUACAAUAUCGGGGGUAUUUUCAAUGCCAUCGUCACUCCAUAUAUGUUGAAUCCACAAAGUUGGGACUGGAGUAGUAAAACUGGGUUUUUUUGGGCCGGCUCAUGUUUUCUUGGCAUGAUUUGGGCCUGGUUUAGAUUGCCGGAAACCAAAGGCCGUACUUUUGUGGAAUUGGACAUGUUAUUCGAACAUAAGGUUCCAGCAAGAAAGUUCAAGUCGACCGAGGUUGAUCCAUUCAGUGAGGAACAUUUAACCAAAUUGAAGAAUGAAGAGGACUAUAACUUGGUCAAGAAGGAGAUCGAGGAUUUUUCUUGA